AGCGCUUGGGGAGGGCAGUGAGACUUAAAAUGCUGUGAAUGUGACAGCCGCGGGUCCAGUCUGCCAAAGUGAGGAAGGUGAUGUGAUGAACCGGGUUUAACCGGUCAAAGAAAUGUGAACAAAAACAAACAAGUGAAAAAUAAAAUAAUUUAAAAAAAUCUGCCAACAGGCUGGUAGAAGAAAGGAAAGACAUGGCUUUCUAUUCUACAAGUGACUGAAUACAUCUGUACCAAGCAUCUGGGUUAACGGAUACAGUCUGGAAGAGGGAGUGCGAGAUAAAUUAUUAAGAGAAACUUUACCCGUGGGGGGAAUAAAAGGAUGACAGUGGUGCCUGGUGAGAAAGUGGACGAGACGGUGUCACUGACAGCCCACGAUGCCUAUGAUUUGGAGCAAGCGGAUCAGGAUUGCUGCGAGAGGGUGGUCAUCAACGUCUCCGGCUUACGCUUUGAGACCCAGCUCAAGACCCUUGCGCAGUUCCCCAACACCUUGCUGGGGGAUCCUAGGAAAAGAAUGCGCUUCUUCGAUCCCUUGCGGAACGAAUACUUCUUCGACAGGAAUCGUCCCUGCUUCGAUGCAAUCCUUUAUUAUUACCAGUCUGGCGGGAGACUGAGGCGACCGGUCAAUGUACCUGUCGACAUUUUUAUGGAGGAAAUCAAAUUUUACGAGUUAGGGGACGAUGUGAUUGAGAAUUUCAAGGAGGAUGAAGGUUUUAUAAAAGAAGAAGAGCGCCCAUUACCUGACAACGAAUACCAACGCCAGAUCUGGCUGCUGUUUGAGUAUCCAGAUAGCUCGGGAGCUGCUCGGGGCAUUGCCAUCGUAUCUGUGCUGGUUAUUUUGAUAUCUAUUGUCAUAUUCUGUUUGGAGACACUGCCAGAGUUCAGAGAAGAAAACAGACACACUGAAAGCCACUUUGCCACCAACGGGACCCACCAUAUUAAGCCCAAUCCGUUCACUGACCCGUUCUUCAUCGUGGAGACACUUUGCAUUAUCUGGUUUUCCUUUGAGCUCAUGGUGAGGUUCUGUGCCUCCCCGAGCAAGCCGGCUUUCUUUAAAAACAUCAUGAACAUGAUCGACAUAGUUGCCAUCAUUCCUUAUUUCAUUACCCUGGGCACCGAGCUGGCUGAGCACCAGGGAAACGGACAACACGCCAUGUCAUUGGCGAUCUUAAGAGUCAUUCGUCUGGUCAGAGUCUUUAGGAUUUUCAAGCUCUCCAGACACUCUAAGGGGCUCCAGAUCCUAGGAAAGACGCUCCAUGCGAGCAUGAGAGAGCUGGGGCUGCUGAUAUUCUUUCUGUUCAUUGGUAUCAUUCUGUUUUCCAGCGCUGUCUAUUUCGCAGAAACAGACGACCCAUCCUCAGUGUUUACCAGCAUCCCAGAGGCGUUCUGGUGGGCGGUGGUAUCCAUGACCACUGUGGGUUAUGGUGACAUGUAUCCUGUUACAAUUGGUGGCAAAAUUGUAGGUUCCUUGUGUGCCAUUGCAGGUGUGCUGACAAUUGCGCUGCCGGUACCAGUGAUCGUCUCAAAUUUUAACUACUUCUAUCACAGGGAGACCGAGCAUGAGGAGCAAUUCCAGUACACACAUGUAACGUGCGGGCAGCAGCAGCCCUCUGAACUCAAAAACAGUAACAGCCAACCUUCUAUUAGCAAAUCAGAUUACAUGGAAGAAACCGAUAUAGAUGCAUUCAGAUAUACCAACUGUACCCCCAAAAAGCGAUACACAGGGAAGCUAACUGAUGUAUGAACCGAAACGAAAAUGGACAACGUGAAAAACAACGUACAUUUUUCAUUCAGCACUUUUGCUUAAAUAAUAAACAACCUCUUAUGCAGAGUAUUCCUAAUGCGCAGAAGCGAGGAAUACUCUGACAUUUGGAAGCCUAGGCAUGGUUUGUGAACCGUAAGUUUUUUUUUUGUUUUUUUUUUAAAUAUAAUUAUUAUUGCUUUCCACAAGCUGUCUUCCACUUUCGUACAUUCGUCGUUAACAAUUUGCUUUAAAAAAAAUGAAAAAUAAAAAAAUAAUAUGCAAACGGGGAUUUCAUGCGUGUGCCCUUUAUCCCCGUCCUAUCGCAAUUUAUUAAAAAAAAAAAUAAUAAUCAAAGCGCUCAUGCCAAAUGAAUUUAUAAAGAUAAGGAAACCAUUUGCACAACGCAAGAAGCUUUGUCUGGGAUGGAACACUGAGAGACACCGACGCUUUAGGUUAUGCUUGAGAAUGAAGUCCUAGGAUGGAGCACAAAUUGUUAAUAAAUUGAACAUGCGGCAUAUUUGACACUCACGACUGACAAUGGACAGCACAAUCUAAGUUAAACGCCAGCAAGGUCAUUCUAUGUGGCGAAGACGACCUGCCUUGUGUUUUCUCAUGUGGUCACGUAUUUUCCAUGAGAGUCACUCUAAACGCAUCACUCACACCGUUAAUUAUGAGGAAUUAACUGAGCUAGACGGAUUCUUGCCACGAUGCCAUGGCUUUUUCUAGUUGAAACACACCAUUGCUUUUGUGCGCGUGUAUUUGAAGCCUGCACCACAUCAUAAAGUACAGGCAGCUGGAAAGGCGACGUGACCAGCAGACAGAAAGCAAAACAAGCCACUCAUCGCAUCUCUGUUAAAAACUGUCCACCACAAUCCUUAUGUACUUAUAUUUUGCUGCCAGCUUUGCCCCUUCUUUUCUUCCAAUCAACCAUACUUUUUUUUGUACUGCAGCGAUAAUUCAGCUGUUUAAAACGUUGUUUAAAAUAAUGAAAAGUAUAUUUGAUUUGCACGUAAUAUACAAUUAUGUUUACAUCAGAAGACAUGGAUUUCAUUUUUGCCCUCCCCUCUCCGCACCAAAAUGCUUUAUUAUCUGCAAAUGCCUGCUAUGAUAAGAACGUUGGGGAGUACGUAAAAUAUAUUUUCAUUAUUAUUAUUUUUUUAAUUAUAGUUAUUAUUAAUGACAAAUAAUUUUAUAUUGUAGCCAAUGUUUACCAUGUUGGAAAUGAAACAAACUACUCUAAAACAGAAUCUUAGUGCGCCACUGUGUGGUAGAAUGAGAAUCAAACAAGCGACUUUCGAGAUCCUGGUUUCUAUAGCAACCUUCCAGACGGUUCUUUAUACAGAACAAUACCUCUAGACAGAUAAAAUCAGAUAUUCACUAUGGUGUUCACUUUAACGAGAAAGAACUAAAUAAAUACACAUCAAUAAAGACAUAUGUUAUCUUCCCAGUUACUGUAAUUAAAUGCAUCUUUACGGCCUGUGAAAAUGUACAAGGGCAUUUAGCAGUCAACCCUUAAAAUGUUGUCAUCUUAAAUCAACUAUAUGACAUUCUGUGUGCUACCAAAUGCCAUACGGCACUGACUGCUAUGACUUUGGGAAUCAGAUGCUUAAUGCAACAAAGGACAAUUCCAAAAAUACCAAUGGCCCUUGUAUGGGAAUAACGAUUUUAUACAGGAGUUGUUAUUUUAAAAAUCUAUUAAGUUCUUCAUGGCUAAAAUAGUUUAAGCAAAGUCAUCAUAGUAGUCUGUUGGUAUUGGUUGCAACAAAUACAGUAGUUAUCAAGUGGCUUGCAAGCAAAUUACCACCUUUUUUUCUAAAAUCAAAACGUGAUACUUUUAUGUGAACCUUGAUGCAAUAAUGAGGAUGCUGGAGGGGAUAUCAAUCUUGACCUUCGUAAAAAAACAACAACAACAAUGAAAAAAAAAAAAAAAACGUUCAACAUGGAAAUAUAUCAAUACCCAAAAGGCCACAUUUUAUUUUAUUUUUUGCCCAAAGCAAAAUAUACAGCAACUUUCACAUGCUUCUCUGUUAAAAUCCUUUAAUUCUGGAAAGAUAGAAAAAAACUAUUGGGGUUGUUAAAAGUGAAAGGUGGGGAUUCUUUAAUUUAAGGGAAAUAGUCAUUGGAAACAAUGAAGUGAUUCUGAUGCUGUGCAGCUCUAAAUACAUUCGCGCGCUGGUAGGAUGAAGCAAAGAAAGCAGCGUUCCGCAUUUGCUAUAAAUAAAACCUGCGCUCCUGCUUGUCACUGAUGGCGGUACCUGCAGUUUGAAAGUCGCCCAGAAGAUCUCAGCAAGACCAGGAAUCGCAUCAGCUGAAAGGAGCUUUGCAACGACGUGUCUUCCUCUGAAAUGGAAUAGAAACGACGAUGCAUUGGCAAUAGCAUUAAAACGAGGACGUUUGGUUGACGAUAAAAGGAGGAUACAGAAGCGCAGAGAUGGCCUCCCACAUCCCCACCCCCACUCCCCCUAAAAUAGGGGAAAAGAAAAAAAAAACACAAAAAACAAACAGACUACUUUCACCAGCUAGACGAUAGACAACAGACUUAGAUGGUUCUUCAGACAUCUUUAUUUGUUACUUGAACCAGUUCGAAAGCACAUCAAGCAACGACCCCCCUCCUUCUGUGAGGUUCAAAAGCACAAAGCAAAGAUUUUGUACAAGAGGGAAAUGAAGACCAGACAGCUCUGUAACUUGGUACUCCAGCUUAUUGUGUGAAUAAAUUACAUUCUGAAUUACUGUAUGGACAAAGAGUACCACAGCCUGCACUAAUGAUCCCAAGAAAGCUGCAUUUCAUGAAAACUGGUGUAUGGUUAAGUAAUUCUAAUGAUUAUGUAUGACUAUUUUAUGACUAUGUUAUAAAAUGUGAUAUGUGUGAAAUGCAUAAAGUAUAAUUAUUAUUUAAUAAUUAAACUAGUAAAAAAAUGCUAUGAAAAUUGGGAAGAAUGGGAACUACUUUUACCAAAACAAAUGUGGUUCAAGUUGGCUUGAUCCACUGAUGCACACUUUCAGUAUGGUGCAGUUAUUUGUCAUGUCUAAUCAUCAACAAUCUUUUGUUUCAAAGCUAACUGCAGUGAAUGACCAGUGUCAACACCAUCCAUCUACUUUGCCAUCUUCAAUAUAUACUGUACCGGUCAUAAACAGUCCAAAAAAAAAAAGAACAUUUUUUGCAAAACACUUUCUUUAUUUUCUUAUUUUUCUCAAUGUCAGCAUAUUGAAGAUGGCAAAGUGAUGGAUGGUGUUGCGUCAAUGGAUCAAGCCAACUUGAACCACAAUUGUUUAGUUUCCAUUCUUCCCAAUUUUCAUAGCAUUUUAUUUUCUUUUACUGGUGGACUGUACUGCUGUGUGGUCCAGUGGUUAAAGAAAAGGGCCUUGUAAACAGGAGGUCCCUGGUUCAAAUCCCACCUCAGCCGCUGACUCAUUGUGUGACCCUGAGCAAGUCACUUAACCUCCUUGUGCUCCGUCUUUCGGGUGAGACAUAAUUGUAAGUGACUCUGCAGCUGAUGCAUAGUUCACACACCCUAGUCUCUAUAAGUCGCCUUGGAUAAAGGCGUCUGCUAAAUAAACAAAUUAUAUAUAUAUAUAUAUAUACACACACUAUAUUUAUAGUUUGAUAUGCAAUAUCAACAUGUCUAAAUUCUAAGAGAACUACAGUAUUCUUCUGUGUAUUUACUUUGCAUAUCAUGUGACAUACCAAAUCUUUUGCUGUAUGCUUGCAAUCUAGGGCAUUGGAACAUGUAGAAAUGGGUUUUUGUGUUCUGUGUAGACGGUUCAAAACUGCUCUAACACUGUUAGCUUAACUUGUGGGAACAAUUUACAAUUCACUGCAGGAAUUAUUGUUAUCUGUUUGAACACCGUUUAACUAGUGAGGAAAAGGUGUUAAAUCUAAUUUUUUAAGUAUCAUAAAUAUGUUUUAUAUAUAAGGGAUCGGUUAUACUGGUGACAUUUUUAAAUGUUUAACAUUUUGCUAUGCCUCCGUUUAUUUUGUGGUUUGACCUUUGGUUCAGUUUAGCGGGAUUUACGUAGCAUUACAAAGGGUACUGUUUAUAUCAAGAGCUUUUUGUGAUUUUAAAUUCUAGAACAUUGUGGAGGAGCGACAUAUAGUUUAUUGAGUUAUUUUUUAAUUUUUUAUUUUUUUUAAUAGAAUGCUGUAUCACUGUAAUUAAACGCAUCUACCUCUG